AUGCCGAGAAGAAGACGACUCAGGUCGUCGCAGUCAAUCAAAUGUGCGAAGAGCUACUCACGUGCUAACCGCACUGAUGACCAGACAGAUCAAAAAAAUAGUCAUAUUGCUUUAGUCAGUGUCAAUGAAAUAGAUAGGCUUAGAAUAGAAUUCAUGCACAACAACUGCAAGCACGAAAUAAUGAAAUUGAGCGAUUCCAGAGAAAUAGGAAAAACGUUCUUAAUUUCAUUGCUUUUGGCGAGGAUCAGAUCGCAAAGUAAUGUAGCUUUAGCGUUGGUUUCAUCUGGAAUAGCUGYGACUCUACUAGAAGGCGGGCGAACUGCACAUUCUGCCUUGAAAUUACCAUUAAACAUGCAAAUCAACGAAACACCAAUUUGCAACAUAUCCAAAAAUAGCGCAAUGGCCAAGAUCCUACAGAUAUACAAAUUGAUUAUUUGGAAUGAAUGCACAAUGGCCCAUAAGAGGUCACUGGAGGCCCUGGACAGAACGUUGAAAGAUCUUCGUGACUUUUGA